UGUUUUUCCUUCGCUUGUAAUAUAAGAAAAUUAUUUUUUUAUACACUUGUAAAUCGAAAUAUAUUAUAAUUUAAUUGAGUUAGAAAAACUGAAAUAGGUAAAAAUUAUAGAAUUAAUUCUAUAAAUUAUAAAAUAAUUGUGUUUGCGUUUUGCAAUGAAGAGGUUUGUAUAAAUUUUGUGCGAGGAAAAAAGGAUUCACAUUUUCAAAGGACGUUUUAAUCAACCAAUUAAGCGGAACUACAAGUAAUCAAUAAAAGAAACCGAAAAUGACACAAUACCUACCGCCAAAUUUAUUGGCACUUUUUGCCGCACGGGACCCCAUACCGUUUAUGCCGCCCGUAGAUAAGCUGCCGCAUGAAAAGAAAUCUCGAGGUUACUUGGGUGUUGGCAAUUUCCUUAAUGACUUUGAAGAUCCAAAGGAUACACCGGCACCCAAGAAGAUGGAGACACGACAAGAACGUCUAGAAAGACGGAGACGCGAAAAAGCAGAACAGGUAGCGUAUAAGCUAGAACGUGAAAUAGCACUUUGGGAUCCCCAAGAAAUUAAAAAUGCAACGGAAGACCCCUUUCGCACUUUGUUUGUGGCUCGUGUCAAUUACGACACAUCCGAGUCCAAGUUGAGAAGAGAAUUUGAAAUUUAUGGUCCUAUAAAGAAAAUCGUAAUGAUUACUGAUCCGGAGACUGGCAAACCCAAGGGUUAUGCUUUCAUUGAGUAUGAACAUGAACGAGACAUGCAUGCUGCUUACAAACAUGCUGAUGGCAAAAAGAUUGAUGGUAAACGAGUGUUAGUUGAUGUGGAAAGAGCUAGAACUGUUAAAGGCUGGUUACCAAGGCGUCUAGGUGGAGGUUUGGGUGGCACUCGUCGUGGUGGCAACGAUGUUAAUAUUAAACAUUCGGGUCGUGAAGACAACGAACGUGAGCGUGAACGUUAUCGCUUGGAGCGAGAGAGAGAAGACCGCGAGAAUGCUCGUGUUAUGGAGAGAGGAGGGGCAAGAUUUGGUGAAAGUGGUCGUCGUCGAUCACGAUCUAGAGAUCGUGUACGUGAAAGAGAACGUGAACGCCCCCGCCGUUCACGCAGUAGAUCACGCGAACGCAGAAAGCGUCGCGGCAGUCGUGACCGCGAAUACGAUGAGUACGAAAGACGUGACCGACGUGAAAAAGAUCGCGAACGUGAUCGUGAGCGCGAUCGUAAAAAGAAACGUUCCAAGUCACGCGAAAGAGAUUCAUCUCGUGAACGUCGUGAAAGGAAACGUGAACGUCGUGAUAAAGAACGUGAACGUGAUCGUCGUGAUAGCAAGGAGCGUAAGCCAGACUUCCGUGAAAUGGAUAUUAUAAAGAUUAAGGAAGAGCCAAUAGACGAUGGAUAUCCCACAUAUCCAAUGUACCCAUCAGCCUCUAUAAAGCGUGAAACUGACGACGAACAAGAAGAAAAAUUUCGACCACCACACGACAUGUUUAGUGUGCCACCACCACCCAUACCAGGUCGUAGUGGAGUAAGUGGUUCUAAUGAAAAUGGUCAAAAUACUGGCGACAGCCAACAAUCAUGGUGGCAUUAAAACAUAUUGUUUAGUCCUAUAAGGCUUGAAUUUCUCUAUUUGAACAUUAUUUAUUACAGUAACAUCAGAGACAACAAAAACACCAACAAAGGCAAAUUGAAAUUGUUAUUGAAACUAAUAAAAAACGUGCUAAAUUAUUAACGAUUUAUAAAACAAAGAUUAUUCGAACAUUAAGUUCAAAUUUAAAAUUCAUUAUGGCAAAGGCAUUUUAGUCCUUAUAAUGUAACUAAAUACAUCAAUUUCAAUUUGUUUCUAUCAAUUCGGUAAAAAUAAAAUUUCAUAGAUUAGUUUUUAAAUACAUAGAAGACAAAAAAUGAAAUUUGAAAAAGUAUUUUUUAGUAGAUGAAAUUAAACUAGGGUCUGAGAUUUUUAUAAAAGCUAUGUAUUUUUGUUUACUUGUAAAAAAGGUAAUUAUGUUCUUUUCGCAAUAAGUACAUUUUUAAUAAGUAUUCUUAUUUUACUUUAAAAUAACAUUUGAAUAAAGUACUUAUUUUAAGAAACUUUAAUAGAAAACUAAUUAUUUCUGAUCAAACAUAAAAUAAGAUUUACAUCCUUCAAAUAUAACUAACUAAUCGGACCCUAGUAUUAUGGCUUAUCAUUUUAAUCAAAAGAUAAUCUGAACAAUGGGUCUAUCUUUAAUCAUAAAUAUGCGUUUCAAAUUUCAUUUUGUUGUCAUAUUUCCCCACAAAAAAUAAGCUUUUAAUUUUAAAUUUUUUAAAUAAUUGUACUUUAAAAUUUUCUUAUUUUAAUAUUCCUUAUAAUUCCUUAUAAUACACCCCAAAAAAAGAGUUUCGGUGAUUUUUUUAAAAGCUUAUUUUAUCGAGAGAAAAAACCUUAUUAUAAAACAAACAAAAAAUAGAUUAUAACAAAUGUAAGAAACUUAAAUAUUAAGUAAUGAAACCACAUUGUGUGUGAGUGUGAUCAAAAACAAAAAGUAAGUAAAAAAGAAGAAGAAAAUAUAAGAAAAUAAACCUCGUCGUAUGUGUAUGUUUAAUGUAUGUUAUAAUAUGUGGUACAUAUUUAGUUUUCCCUCUCAGGUAAGGGAGGGGGUCAACGUUCGAUUCAAUGCAAUAUGGUCUUACGUUAAUAACUCAAUUUUAAAUUCGACGAAAUCGUCUCCAAACUAUAGGACAAUGCUUUGAUCGGUGGUUUUUUAUUGUUGUUGCCGGUCCCAUGGUGGUACGUACGUGGGUAGUUUAUUUCAUUCAAUAUUUUCUAUUUCUCCUAUUUUUUUACUUAUUAAUUUUUAGUUAGAACUUUUUGUCCACCAAUAACUAAUCUCUGUUGCAAAGAAUAUUUAGUAAUAUCCAAUUUUUUCUUUCUUUUUACAGUUUAAAUUUAAAAGUACAAUAUUUAUGAAAAAAAUAUUUUUCUGAAUUUUCGUUCAUUUGUUAAACUGAUCACUGGGGAAUAUAAUAUAAAACAGUAAGUCAGUCGAUACUUCAUAAAGUUUCGUGUUGAGACAGACCAACAGCCAUGAUAGAAAUAUUGAAAAAUAAUUAUGGUAACAUGUUAAUUUGAAGAAUAUUUACAAUUUGAAAUAGAAUAUUGUGAUUUAAAUUGUUUUUAUUUUAUGUUUCUUUUAAAAUAUUCAAUAGUUAUCAAUCAGCCCAUUUCAAAUUGUAAAAUAUUCUAAAGGCAAACUUUUUUUUUUUUGUUUAACAAUCAGCAGAAAUUGUUGCGUUUAAAGGUAAAUUGUUUGUUGUUGAAAAAUUGACUAACACAAUUUCCUAUUCUAGGGCAAUCCACCCAAUACAAAUCUAAAGUAAUAAUGGUAUAGACAGAUGGUUGGUUGUUCUCUCUUGUGGAAAAGCAGAUUACUAAGCAUUAAUAAUGUCCUCCAUGCCCAUCACUUCCGCUCUGCGUGCGUGUAUUAUGUAAGUGAAAUUAAUUUGAGGUUUUUCUAAAAUAUUACUAUAAUGUAAAAGAUCCGGACUGAAUAUUGAUCAUUUAAGAGUGAUCUGCAAACAUAAGUCAAAUUCUAUUUCAUAAAUAGAAUAUAGGUAAAUCGGUAAAAAGGUAAUAAUUGUGUUAAUGCAAGGGUAAGCAUUUUGUUACAUUUCUUUUAAUUUCAAUGCAUACAAUAUUUGUGUUUUAAAAACUUUCCAAAUACGGAUUUGUGUAUAUGAAUUUGCAAAAUAAUUUGGUAAUUAAAAUCAUUUCAUAACUACACAAAGUUAUCCAACAAAAAUGUAUCAAUUAUGACGCUCUUCACAGUACCAAUCAAGGUUUUAUUAUGGUUGAGGUAUUGACACAAAAGGUUUGUUUUAAUUUCUAUUAAUCAAAUAUGGUAAGAUUUCGUGUCUUAUUUGAGACCCUUAAAAGAAAACAAAAAUUGGCAUACAUAACUUUGGUAAGGUUUUUUUCCAUUUCACUAAAAAAAACUAUUCUCAAAUAUCAAACCUUUGUUAAAAACGAUCAACACUUGAAUAAACUAUUGUUUUUAAAAUAAUAUAAUA